AUGGCCCGCGGAGAAAGAGGUGUCGGUAGAGUCUUGGAAAAACUUGAAGCAUCCGUAAAUGCGGGUCAAUACUAUGAAGCACAUCAAAUGUAUAGAACUCUUUAUUUUAGAUACUUAAAUCAAAAGAAGUAUGGUGAUUUGCUACAAUUGUUACACAGUGGUGCAAACAUAUUAUUAGAAUGUGAUCAACAAGGUAGUGGUACAGAUUUGGCGAUACUUCUUCUAGAUGUACUCACAAAAUCGCACAUAAACCCAUGUGAAGAAUGGAUUGAAAAAAUUGCUCAACUCUUUGCAAAGAUGAAACCGAAUGUUGUGGAGAGGGAAACCUUUUUGAUUAAUGCAGUAAAGUGGUCAAUGGAUAAAACUAAGAGAGGCCAUCCUUUGCUCCAUAAGAGUAUUGCAGAAGUGUACUGGCAAGAAAACAAGUUAACAUAUGCUUAUAGGCAUUUUUUACAUUCAAAUGAUGGUGUUGCUUUUGCUACCAAAUUGAUAGAAUUACAUACAACUAAAGGAUAUAAGUCCGAAAUUGCUAUGUUUAUAGCUCAGGCAGUGCUACAAAUUCUUUGUUUGAAGAAUAAGGAAAUGGCUCAUGAGGCUUUCAAGGAAUAUACAAGGUCUCAUCCAAAUUUAAAUGAGAGAGUUCCACCAUUUCAAUAUCCAUUACUAAAUUUUUUAUACUUGCUUCUUAAAGUUAUUGAUCAAAAAAAUGCUAUGAAAUUUUUAAUGCUACGUAAAAGCUAUGAAAAAUUUCUAAAGCGUGACCCUCGCUACUUUGGGUACUUGGACACAAUUGCCCGUGUCUGGUUUGGAAUUUCUGCCCCAGGGAACCGUAGGAACCCUAAUUCAAUGUUAGGUGGAAUUAUAAAGUCAAUGCUUGGGGAUAUUGACAGUUCUGAUGAAGAUGGCAGCAUUUUGGCAAAGAAAACCCAAGUCCCUGACUUAGAUUAA